AGUUUUGGUUUUGCGGAGUCAGCAGCGGAGCCAGCAGCGGAGUCAGCAGCGGAGCCAGCAGCAGGUGCGUGUUCCUUUUAAGAAAGCCGACCUGCCGUGGAUCUCCACUCGCAGACGUCUGUGAAGAACAUCUUCACCCUAAGCAACAGCAGUGGAGCUUCAGGAUGCGGACGGAGGAGCCACAGCCCUCCCACAUUAAGAAGGAAGAGGAAUACCCACUUAUCCCCCAUUUUAAAAAGGAAGCGGAGGACCCACUGAUACCCCAUUUUAAAGAGGAAGAGGAGGACCCACUGACACCCCAUUUUAAAGAAGAAGUGGUGGAUCCACUGACACCCCAUUUUAAAGAAGUGGUGGAUCCACUGAGCCCUCACAUUAAGGACGAAGAGGAGGACCCACUGAGCCCUCACAUUAAAGAGGAAGAGGAGGAACACAGCAUCAGUCAGCAGGGAGAGCAUUUUGAAGGAGUGGAGGAGGUUGAUGUCACCAAGAUGCCAGUGACUGGUGUCCCUGUGAAGAGUGAAGGUGAUGAGGUCAAAGGUGAGAGUGAGGAGAAGAGAAGCAGCCGCUCAACACAACACAUGACAACAGAAGCUGAUGGAGACCACUGUGGAGGAUCACAAGCAGACAAGAUCUUAGCGCCACUAUCAGAUAGUGAGGACACAACGUCACACUCUCCUGACACUGAUGAUGAACACUCUAAAGAUGAUAAGACAUGUCACACUGACAACACUCACUUCACAUGUUCUCUCUGUCACACAACUUUUAAAUAUUCUAGUUAUUUGAAAAUACACAUGAGAAUACACACUGGAGAAAAACAUUUUUCCUGCUCAGAAUGUGGUAAAAGUUUUGUAAUAAAUCAAAGUUUAAAAGAACACUUGAGAAGGCACUCUGGUGAUAAACCAUACAUACUCCUGUUCAAGCUGCAACAAAAGCUUUCGUCACCGACAAUCUUGUACAGAACACAUGAGAACACACACAGGAGUUAAAGUGUUGAGUUGCGGUGUGUGUGGUGAAAGAUUGUCUUCUAAGUACCAGUGUAAGAAACACAGGUGUGCUGGUGAGAACAGCAGCAGCAAAUGAAGAUGCAGGGUUUGAAAUAAACUUUAACUUUGACUUUCUAACAACAUCAGCACAUAUAACAUGUGUGACAUCAUUGUUGUGUGUGUAACACCAUCUUGUUAAUAUGAUUCUAACAUUUAUAGAUUAGACACGUCAGAUUAGUGCUUUUAUUUCAGUCAAGUACAUGAGUUAAUAUACACAUUUGUGUACUUUAAAAUGAACAGAACAAUUGGACUGAAAAGGUGACAAUAAACACUACAUCAAAUAUGUUACAUACAAUAAACAUUUUAUGUGUAGAUAUUCAUAAUUCACUUUUAUA